AGACCAAUCAGAGCGCGCGCUGAUGGAAGGUAGUGGGUUUGAGGCACACCGGGUCUACAUGCAGGAGGUGUCUGGAGAAUAUUGUGAGGUGUAACCUACAAAUGAUGUGAAGAAGGAUUGCCUUUUAUUUCGUUUUUAUUUCGUUUCACAGAGCCCUGGAUAUACAUUUUCUUCGUUUGGAAUAUAUUUUUAAUACAAUCAAUGUUAUUGACUUGAUGUUGGAUCCAGUUAAACUUUUCUUCGCUAUCCGACAUUGCUCAAUGCAUUCCUCUUUAGACCGACGGUUUUAUGGACUUCUGUAUUAGCUAAUGAUGUCUAUGGGUUUCAUGCCUGAUCGUUUGAAUGCUUCAGAUCCCUCCAAAUCUGCAUUUUUAGAGUUUGGGUACGAGCACCCUGCGCACCAGCAGCAUUCCCAAGGAAUCUCUCACAUCUACCCCGUUAAUGGCUUACAUUCUGCCGGACAUUCUCAACACGGUAGUCCCUUCUCUCCCAGCGCGUCCUCUUAUGGCCGCUCCCUGGGCUACGCCUACCCCAGCGCGGUGAACACUCAUCCCCCAAGUGCCUACAUGCCCUACCAGCACAACAAUCACAGUUUGGCGCACUCCAGAUUAGAGGAGACAGACCAUGAGAAGUCUACAGUGAUUGAGAAUGGGGAAAUUCGCCUGAAUGGUAAAGGAAAGAAAAUACGCAAACCUCGGACCAUCUACUCCAGUCUGCAGCUACAGGCGCUCCACCAGAGGUUUCAGCAGACACAAUACCUGGCUUUACCCGAGCGCGCGGAUUUGGCGGCAAAAUUAGGGCUGACCCAAACACAGGUGAAAAUAUGGUUUCAAAACAAGCGCUCGAAAUAUAAGAAAAUAAUGAAGCACGGCAGCGGACCGGAGGGUGAACAUCUCCACAGUACGUCAUCUAUCUCUCCCUGUUCACCCGGCAUGCCCCAACUUUGGGAGGUGUCAAUGGCAAACAAAGGGACCCCUAUGCACCCCAACAAUUACAUGAACAAUUUUGGUCACUGGUACCCAAACCAUCACCAGGAUCCUAUGUGCAGACCUCAAAUGUUAUGAGCGAACCAUCUUAACACAUUGCGCGGUGCUGUAAAACACCACACACACAACCAUUUGGAACAUUUUAAAGGCCUAAAGGCCUAUAGGCUGCCUACACCCAAACGCAAACGUGUUUCGUCUAUCAAGUUUGAAUUGUGUGUAUACGUGUGUUAAAUUUCUUUUAUUGCAGUGUAUGUUUUUGGAUGAAGAUUUGUUAUGUAGGCCUAUGGUUAUUUCGUAUGUGUCCACUUUACGCACUGUUCUUUAGAUUGGAACGGUUUUGGUGAGAAUUGUGCUGGCAGGUGGAAACAUGCGUAUGAUUUGAUUCCAGCAGGGUACAUGCACCUGAAUAUGUGUGUCGACUGGUUAUGACCGUUUUAUUGAUGUGAUUAACAGGAGUGCCCCAGUCCACGUUUGGAUCGCUAGUCUCAGCAAUUAUGAACUCAUUAUGCAUAAUAAAUGUCCUAUUUGUUUGAUAAAAACUG